AUGCCUCCCAAGAGAAUCAGAGUCUCCGAAGGAUCAUGCUGGCGAUGUAAAGAUCGUCGAGUCUUGUGCGACGUACAGAAACCAGUAUGCACACGCUGUGAAGCUGCGGGUGUAAAGUGCGAGUAUGGUGUACGCUUGAAAUGGGCAAAUGGAGUAGCAGCUCGAGGACGCUUUGCUGGCCAAUUGGUACCCGUCAAGUCACCUACGCCUACGCUGCAAAUCCAAUCACCGUCUGUACCUGAUGACUGGCAAAUACUAUAUUUCUCACGAGAAGUGCUUCCAAGGUUCAGCUUGAUGGAUGACGGACCUGGGAUUGACCCAGCGUGGCUUGUGACCGACUCUUCUAUCCAUCAGGCAGUCAUUGCUGUCGCCAACGCACAUCGUCUUUUCAAGAACCAUGCUGCCUGGGAGGAGACAUUAUCACACAUCAAGCAGGCACGGUUGACGGCUAUACGAUCAUUGCGGACUCGACUCCAGGAAUCUUUCGAUCUUUCUCACGCCAUCACGUUCCCGUCUAGUGUAUUAUUAUGCAUGCUCGACGGUAUCAUAGAACCGCAAGAUGAUGGUCUCGCAGCAGGCUUCCAUCUGCGUGGCGGUCGUGCCAUUCUUCAACAUGGAAACCACAUGAAGGAGGUGUCCUCAGCCAAGUCUGGGCCGAUAUCACUACUGCUCUCAGUAUAUGCUACGAUGGAUCUUACAUACGCCAUCAUGGGUGGUGAAGCACCACAUCUUGGUCCAGAAAUCUGGCUCCAGCUUGCUGGCAGCGAGGCAUGGUGGACAGGCAUCAGCGAUGACCAUGCCUUCGUUGAUAUCAUGGCACUGCUCGCGCAACUAGCACAACUCGGCCACGAUGCGCAUAUCACCGGCCUUCCUGUCCCGAUUCGAGCAUUGCUGGAAAUCCAGCUCACACUUGGGAGGACAGAACUACGUCUCGAAAACCUGGCGCUCCCGUCAUCAUCUCCAGCAGAUGGCUGCCAUACCAUCGAUGCCCUUACAGUCUUCUGUUCAGCUUAUCGGGCCAGCGCUCGCAUAUACAUGUACCGCGCACUAUGCAACCUCGACAUCUCCGAUGUUUUGGUACAAGAAAGUGUACAAGAAGGCAUCGAAGCACUCCAACAAGGACCCGAGAUUGGCAAACUCGCACAUUGCCUGCUGUUCCCAUGUCUGAUGAUCGGCGCCCACUGCAUCGAUUCUGAUGCUCAACAGACUGUGUUAAGCUCACUGGAGAUCGCUGACGAGUACCUUUCUUUCGGAUCUGUCAAGGUUAUGGAAGGAUUUUUAAAGGACAUCUGGUUGGCUGGAGACCUUCAAGCGGAUUUCUGGACAAUGAUGCGACCAGUGUCUGGCAAAGCUUUUAUGUUCUGA